ACCAGUUUGAAAAAAUAUAGGAUAUCAACACACAUGGGUUUGCUACUCCAUAUAUCUUGCGAAAGAAAGGAAUUGUGAACAUAACUCAUUUUUAUUACUGCGGAUGUAUUUAUUCUCGUUGAUGAAAUAAAGCGAAAGUGGCGGCCAUGACGACAGACGAGGCUGAGAGCCAGCAGAAGAAGGCCAACCAGCAGCAGCAGCAGUCCCAGCGGCCUUCCCAGCAGCCGUCGGACGACCCCCCUGCCUCUGCUGACCCCCCCGCCGUGACCUCGGACCCCCAGGACAGCCCCGCGUCUGGCCCAGCCCCGGGCUCCCCUGCGGCGCCGGUGGCCGGGGGCGAGGAGGAGGUGCAGCUGCGUCCCCGCCAGCGCACCGGGCUGGCCCAGUGCUUUCGGACGGGCGAGGGGGGCCGACCCAGAGCAGGCCUUGACGCCCGGGCCAGGGCGAGCCAAGAAACCAUCGCCCCCCGAGCCCGAAGGCGCAGCGAGGGCCGAGGCGACGCUGCCCUCGACCUGCACUCCCUCAGCAGCGCCGAGAACCAGCCGGCCCCUGUGGACCAGAAGGAGGACGCUGACUCAGACGAGGAGGGAGGAGGGAAAGGAGAGAAGGCCAAAGCCAAGAGGGAGGUCGGAGAGGCGGAGAAAGAGAAGAAGGAGGCGGAGGAGGGCAAGCCUGACGGAGGAGAGGCGGCGGAGGGAGAGGGAGAGGGAGAGGGGGAGGGGGAGGCCAAAGGAGAAAAGGAGAAGAGCGCAGAGGAGGACGAGGUCAAGCCGGCCAAGGCCCCGCGCCGACCCAGGAUCAUGCAGUGCAAAGUCACACUGCUGGACGACACUCUCUACGAGUGUGAACUGGAUAAACAUGCCAAAGGCCAGGAGCUGUUCACAAAAGUGUGUGACCACCUCAACCUGCUGGAAAGAGACUAUUAUGGUGUGGCUAUCUGGGAAACGCCCACUAUGAAGACCUGGCUGGACUUCACCAAGGAGAUUCGGAGGCAGGUGCCAGGGACCGACUAUGACUUCACCUUCAAUGUGAAGUUCUACCCCCCCGAUCCUGCCCAGCUAUCUGAAGACAUCACAAGGUACUUCCUGUGUCUGCAGCUGCGUAAGGACAUCCAGGCGAGCCGGCUGCCGUGCUCGUUUGUGACGCUGGCACUGCUGGGCUCGUACGCGCUGCAGUCGGAGCUGGGCGAGUACGACCCCGAGGUGCACGCGCCCGACUACGCCAAGGACCUCAAGCUGGCGCCCGGCCAGAGCAAGGAGCUGGAGGAGAAGAUCAUGGAGCUGCACCGCACCUACAGGUCCAUGAGUCCGGCCCAGGCUGAUAUGAUGUUCCUGGAGAACGCCAAGAAGCUCUCCAUGUACGGGGUGGACCUGCACCAGGCUAAGGAUCUGGACGGGGUGGACAUCAUGCUGGGCGUGUGCUCCAGUGGUCUGAUGGUGUAUAAGGACAAGCUGCGGAUCAACCGCUUCCCCUGGCCCAAGGUGCUCAAGGUCUCCUACAAACGCAGCAGCUUCUUCAUCAAGAUACGCCCCUCAGAGCUGGAGCACUAUGAGAGCGCCAUCGGCUUCAAGCUGCCCAACUACAAAGCCGCCAAGAAACUGUGGAAAGUGUGUGUGGAGCACCACACCUUCUUCAGGCUGACCUCCACAGAAGCGGCCACCACCCCAAGGAAGUUCCUGGCUCUGGGUUCUAAGUUCCGCUACAGUGGACGCACCCAGGCCCAGACGCGCCAGGCCAGUUCCAUGAUCGACCGCCCCGCGCCCGCCUUCCAACGCUCGUCUAGCAAGAGGGCCUCCCGCAGCCUCGAUGGAGAGAACGUUCCUGCCAAAAGGAGGAUGCAUGCAGUGAGGUUCAGGAGCCUUGAUGAUGAUGGCGGUGACAAGGACGUUUGGUUUGUUCUGUUGGACCGCGUUUCCCACGAUGCCCCGGUGCCGACUCCAGCAGCUGCCCGACUUGAGAUAACGUCUCCCCCUAACGCGGGGCCGUCGGCUGGGCAACUAACAGAACGGACGGAAGAGAGAAGGGAGGGGAGGAGGACGGUGGUGAUUAAGAAGGACGAAGAGAAGGAGGAGGAGGAGGAGGAGAAGUUUCCAGAAGAAGUGCCACAGAUGGCGGGAGAUGACUGGUUUGUGCUCCUGGAUCGUGCAGCGUCUGUGUCUUACAGCUGGGGGAAAUCAGCAGUACCUCUUGCAGCAAGGGUGGCUUUUUCAAAGAGGUCAAAGGUCAUUUGGAAGACCUUAACAACCACUGAGAAUGAGGGUGGCUCCCUGGUCCCUGGCUCGUUGGAUGACCUCCUGUCCCGCGCCACAAAAGACCUCCUUCUCACCCAGCAGAGCAUGGAGCAGCUUCAGCGCCAGUGGCUGGCCGCAGGCACAGGCCUUGGACCGAACCGGGCCUUGAGCCAAACCCCCCAAAACCCUCUCCAGGCCCGGCGGUUGGCCAUGUUGGAGCAGGAGGCCCUGGAGCUCCAGAGGGGGCUGGAGAUCGCCGGGCGCCAGGCCAGGGAGGAGGCUCUCUCUCUGGGCAGGAGGUUGAGGGCACUCCUGGAGCCUUUAGGGGAAGACCAGGACCUCUGGUUCCUCUUGCUGGAGAAGGAUACUCUCAAGGGCGUUGGUUUCUCCACAGCGGCCUGGAAGGAUGACUGGUGUGAGCUGCUGGGUCUCCCUGCCCCUCCUGUUUCUAGUUCUCCCCUACAGCCCACAGAAAAUGGACCCGCAAAUGUCAUUAUCAGGACACCAACUCUUUGUUUCUCUUCCUUUUUUCUUUCUUUCUUUUAUUUUUUCUCUCUUUUUCUUUUAUUAUAUUUUUCACAGAAAAGAGCUAAGAAACUUGAGGGGGAAACUCUUUAUGUCAGACAUAGCAAUUUAAUGUUGGAGGAUGUGGAAAAGACCCAGUCGGAGAUCAUGCGUCACCACACCAGCAUCAGUGAGCUGAAGCGCAGCUUCAUGGAGUCGGUGCCGGAGCCGCGGCCCAGCGAGUGGGACAAGCGCCUGUCCACACACUCACCCUUCCGCACCGCCAGCAUCAACGGCCAGCUCCAGCCGGGCGCCGACGGAUCCCCUGUGGUGAAGACUCAGACAAUCACCAUCUCUGAUGUCACCAACUCCCUCUGCAGGGAGGUGGCCACCAAAGAGGUCCCCAUCGUGCAUACUGAAACUAAGACCAUUACAUACGAAGCUGCGCAGUCAACAACAGAUGCGGUGGCAGAGAGGGAUUCUGGGAUGCUUUUGAGUGCGCAAACCAUCACUUCGGAGACCAUCAGCACCACUACCACCACCCAGAUCACCAAGACUGUGAAGGGAGGGAUUUCGGAGACCCGCAUUGAGAAGCGGAUUGUCAUCACCGGAGACACAGAGAUUGACCACGAUAAGGCUCUGGCCCGGGCCAUAAAGGAGGCAAAGGAGCAGCACCCUGACAUGGCCGUGACCAAAGUGGUGGUGCAUCAGGAGACAGAGAUCACCCCUGAGUAAGAGCAUCAGGGAGCCGGCUGACGACAACCCAGAGGGAUCGUGAAUACCAAGCCAACACACACACUCGCUCUCUCACACACACACACACACACACACACACACACACACACACACACACACACACACACACACACACACACACACACACUGCCUUCCCUUGGCUUUUACCCCUCUCCCUCACUGAUGCUAUCACUCCCUUACACUUGGUUACCUCAGAGAGACUCUUCAUCUCACGCCCUGACCACUACCCCACCCUUCUUACCACCCCCCUCCCACACACACACACACACACACACACACACACACACACACACACACACACACACACACACACACACUUACACAUACGCAUAGUAAGUCACCACCAUCUUAACCUCCAUCCACCUGCACUGCCAUGGAUAGCCAACAACCAACCCACUGACUACUCACCACCUCCCUGACCUCCGGCCUGACCAUCCCAGUCUGCUGCUGAGGACAGAGAUCCCCUUUCAUCCCGGAGGCCGAGGACCUAACCUAGCUUCCUUGGGACUGCAGCCAAACCAUGCAACACCCUCAUCACCACCCCUCAAUCCCCCCAUGACCUUUGACCCCUGGUCAAAGCAACAGUGGCCAGACCCCCAGUAUCCCACAAUCCCUCUCUCCUCUCCUCUCCUGAACCUCAGCAGACUGACUGCAGACGAAUCCCAGAUGUCUCCUUGCCAACCUGAGCUGAAGAUUCUUUUCUCAAUGACAAAAAAAAGGAAAAUAUUUUUGGAUAUUUGUUUCAUUUAAAAGAAAAAUGAUAACAUUUAUAUGAGGGAAUUUUACAAUGAGGUUUCAAAUGGGUUUUGUGCAACUUGAUGCCAUGAUAAAAUGAUGGACUUUUGAGGAAACUUUACUUUUUUCUCUAUCGAAAAAGACUACCUUUUUGCAUGGCUUUGACGACCAAUAGCCAACAGCAUUCAGCUAUGCUCAGAGGUCUGGUGAACGAGGGCAAAGGAUUCUGGGUAUUCAAUGUCUUUUUAUUCUUUUGAAGGUGCAAGGUUUCAUAAAUCCAAAUGUAUUUGUUCCAUUUUAUUGAUGACAAAAGUGUAAUUUUUGAAUUUAAUUUUAUUUAACUUUAAUGUCCUUCUCUAUGUGAAUGAUUAUGUCUGUUCGAUGGUUUUUGUUGCAUAAAAAAUGAUAUGUAUUACAGUCAAACAUGUCAGGGAGACUGGUACAGUUUUUUCUCAUGUUUUAAUUGUAUGGCUUAUUUUGUUGAUGAUUCAUAGAUUUUACGAUUUUAGUUGUUGCUGUCGUUGUCCUUGUCAUGAUGAUUCUUGGGUGGGGGGCCGUUCAGAGCCAUUUCUCUCUUGGGUUUAGGGGGGCAGUGUAGUGAAACUACAUUCUAUUUUAUUUCUACCGUAUUUAUUUACCAUUUUGUCAUUUUUGUGUGUGUACUCCAGUAUCAUAGUUAACCUGCUUUAAAAAAUGCAGAUAUGUAUACGUAGUCAGAUUUUUUUUUUUUUUUUUUUUUUUUUUUUUUUUUUUUAAUUAGAUGCAACACAACAUUCCAGACACCAGCUACAGGCAUUAUUUGUGUUCAUAUUUUCUUUGUUUGUUUUAAUCAUGAAACAAUUGCACUGGCAACUUUUCUGCUGUGCAGUCAUUUUCAGUGUAUUUCUACUUUUCUACCAGAGGGGGCAAUGUGCACUCAUACACACAAGCAAGGGGACCUGCAGUGCCCACAGAUACACCACACUCUGAAAACCCAUGCAGAUCUGGUUCAUCCAGAUAGGCAGAGGUCAUUAACAUGAAAGAAAGAGCUAUUUUAAUAAUUAAUGUGUAUCCACCAAUCAUUAUGUCUCAUCAAACAUGCAACAGUUAAUUGAUUUUAAUUACUCUUCAGUUCCUUUCCACGUGUUAUCUGACUCAGGAACAGGCAGUGGCAUUAUUUCUGCACCAAAGUCAGGGUAGGAUCUCUUCCGAGAUCAGUCUUACGGUCGGGGAUUGAUGUCACAGAUUUUGAUCGUCCCAUUUUGACCUCUGACCUUUGUCAACUAAAAGUGCUGUCAGUGAAGCCUUAGGGGGAAACAGCCAGUAAAGUGUCACGUGAUUGGCCAGCCCAGCAUCUUCUCUCAGUUUGAGCAUGUGCGCGUGUGUGUGUUUGUGUGAGUGCACACUGUCCCCUCCAACCAGCUCCAUACUCAGCCAAGAACACCCCACCACCCCCCUGCGCAUUAACACUUUGUACAUUUCUAUUUGAAGAGGGGAAAAACUACAAAUCAACAAAACAAUACAGACAGAGCCAACAGGAAACAAGAAACCUGCUUUUAUAGUGCAAAUAGUAUUCUGUACAGAAAACCAAAGUGUUGUAGGCCUCCCAUUGUGUUUGUUUGGACCAACCCCCCUCCCCUCCCCUCCCCUCCUUGUGUUCCUGCAUUGGUUUGGGUGGAGGAGAGCAGAGGAUCGCAGAGGAUCGGUGAGGGGGGAUUGUGAGGUCACUUCCUGUCUCUCAGGGUGAGACCUCCGGUACCCCUCUGCUUUUCUCGCCAUCGCAGCGAAAGAAAAGAAAUGUAUAAAGCAAACAGAAAACUGAAAGAGCACCAUGCACUGAAUAAACACAUUUUAGUCACA